AGCAGCUGUCCACUGGCAUGCAACAGGGAGCGUCACAGUGGUGAUACAGGGGUUCAGAAGUGAACCGAAGCGGCUCUGUGCAGUUUGAUCCAGGAAGGUUCCUCUCACCGUCUUCUGCCCGUCUACGACCUGCAGCCUCACCAUGGCGGAUCAGUACCAGUUCAACACCAAUGAGGAGAAGAUUGUGAAGGACAGCCACACCAAGGAGAUUGAUCUAAUUAACAGAGAUCCCAAGCAGAUCAAUGAGGACGUGGUGAAGGUGGACUUUGAGGAUAUCAUUGCAGAGCCUGAUGGUACACACAGCCUGGAUGGGGUGUGGAAGCUCAGCUACACCACCUUUACUGUGUCCAAGUACUGGUGCUACCGCAUCUUGUCUGCCGUCUUUGGCAUCCCUGUUGCUCUGCUCUGGGGCUUCCUGUUCGCAUGCAUCUCCUUCUGCCACAUCUGGGCUGUGGUUCCCUGCAUCAAGAGCUGUCUGAUUGAGUCACAGUGCAUCAGCCGCAUCUACUCUCUCUGCAUCCAGACCUUCUGUGAUCCCUUCUUCGAAGCCCUAGGAAAGAUCUUCAGCAGUGUGCGUGUUGCACUGCGCAAAGAAGUCUAAGAACUGGCAAAGCAGCGUUUAUAGUAUGAUCGGAUGAAGUGCGGUAUCUUUUUAUACACCAGAAGCUCAGCCCUGGCAUCUUGCUUACUUCCCGAUACUCCUCCUUCUCCCUUCAUAACAUGCUGUUCCCCACCCACCCAUCCUCAAGCUCUGUCCUGACAUGCCCGGUGUGCCUUUUGCCACCAGACGCUCUGUGACAGCUGCAGCAAGCAGCGUGGUUCCGUGACAGCUCUAGCACUCCUGCAGGGCUCAGUGCUCCUCAUUGAGGGAGAAGAGGACCGCCUGCCAUGAUGAGGAUCUGUCUGCUCUCAUUUAUUUGUAUCACAUAAGUCAAAGACAAUAGCUACUCAAUCACAACAGAUGAAAUGAACUCCCUAACACACCUGCACCUGUGGACAAUGCUGCCUGUAUGCAUUACAUUACAUUUAGCCAUUCUUAAAAGUUCUUUCGAUGCUCUAUGUUGCCGUGUCUGGUAAUUAACUUGAUAUUGAUUGAAUAGGAUUUGACAUUCAUACAUGUAACCUUAUUUGAUAAGCUCUAACAAAAAGAAAGAAAUUUGAAAUGUUUUCUCUCCAAAAUUAUUUAGUAAUUUGUCAUGACUCCAAAGUUUGCAUUGAUUGCAGAUGAAAGAAAUAUGUUUGGAACCAAACACGCAGAUAAUUUACUUCCUUUUAUCAAAGCGUGAUCAGUUAAUGCACAUUUCAGUCAAGUAGGUGUAAACAAGUCUGGACCUAACUACUGAAGGAGUAGAGUACAUUUUCCAUGAGACCCAUUGGAAUGCUCCACAGUGUUAUUCUAAUUAUGUAGAAAAGUAUAAAACCUAUGCUGCUACUGUGCACCUGCAGUAAAGAACGGCUAAUUAUUCAUAGCUGAAACUAUUCUAAAGACACUUUACAAUUGAUGAAACCGUCCCUAUAAUAAGCACCACUGGUUCAGUGCAUGAUUGAAAGUAUAUUAUGUGUGUUAUUUCAAUUAAUUCUGAGAGGCUUAAGAAAUACAUUUUUAAGAGUCACCAAACAUCUUAACCGUGUUUCAGUGAUAUGUUGGUCUACUUGAGUCGGCCUGGGAGCUGUGACCCACUAGAGGCUGAUGUUGUGUGUUUCGGAGCCAUUAUUGAUGUGUCACCACACCCUUCUUUGUUCAUCACUGCAGUGUGUUUCUGUCUGGCCGACUCAUUUGUCCUUUAUUAUGCUAGAAGAUGCACAGUUAAAAUGUAUAUGAGCAGAAAUCAUUGAGCUGAUUAAUGAACUGUUUUAACCAGUGCAAUUAAGGAGCAAGAGUGAUUGAUUUCCCAAAACCUACAAAGGUAAUCAAUGUGCAGGAUAAAACUACAACCAAUACAGCAAAUGUAUCUAUUGUUUGCCUUCUGAAAAUGAUUGAUUAAACUUGUGUAAUUACA